CACAAAAUUUGAAUCCCCAUUUCGUUAGACAAAAUCCAGAGACAGAGAAACAUAGGAGAAAAGCAAAGAGAUAGCAAUGGUGAAAGAUCUGAGCAACGAUCAAAUUUCCUCCAUGAAGGAGGCAUUCACUCUCUUUGACACCAGCGGCGACGGCAAAAUUGCUCCAUCGGAGCUAGGGAUCCUAAUGAGAUCACUCGGUGGUAACCCGACCCAAGCCCAACUCAAAUCAAUAAUCGCCGAGGAAAAACUCACCUCGUCGUUCGAUUUCAACCGAUUUUUAGACCUCAUGUCAAAACACCUCAAACCGGAGCCAUUUGAUCGCCAAUUGCGCGACGCGUUCAAGGUCCUUGAUAAAGACGGCACUGGUUUCGUCGUCGUUUCGGAUCUAAAGCAUAUUUUAACGAGUAUUGGGGAGAAGCUUGAGCCUGCGGAAUUUGAUGAGUGGAUCCGAGAAGUUGUUGUUGGAUCCGAUGGGAAGAUCCGGUAUGAGGAUUUCAUUGCUAGGAUGGUUGCCAAGUGAUUUUUGCAUGUGAUUUGCAUCUUUGGCUAUAUUAUUCAUAGCAUGAAAGAAGAUCUGACCUUUUCCCUCGGUAGCUUAGCCUUUUUAUUUGCAUGUUUCAUUGUACCCCAUUAGCCAUUUUCCUAAUUGUUGAUUUUACUGUUUUCUUCCCUUGCACUGUCAUUGAACAAUUCUUGGUUCAAGUCUUUGGUUUGUAUCCUGUAUUUUUGUUUCAUCAUUCUGAAACAUCGUGUAGGACAUAGAGGUACUUAAGGAAUACAUUUGCUUCUUGCAAUGUUGAACCAGUUGUGUACAGUACAGUUGCUUUCUAUCUUCAACUCAAUGCGUCAAUACUUCUACGUG